AUGAAUUUCAGAAGCUUUGAGGAGUUCUGGCCUUUCUACGUGACGCAACACUCGAAUCCAUCAACGAGAAGAUGGCACUUCACGGGGAUAAUCGCGAGCAUCGUGGCUUUGCUGUGUUCGGUUCUGAUCAGCCGAUGGUUUCUGGCUCUGGCGCCUCUGUUUGGGUACGGUUUCGCGUGGUACAGCCACUUCUUCGUGGAAGGGAAUGUUCCCGCGAGCUUCGGACACCCGGUUUGGUCGUUUCUAUGCGAUCUCAAGAUGUUUAGUCUUAUGCUAACGGGAAACAUGGAGAGGGAGUUGAAGAGGCUUGGUAAGAGACCAUUGUUGCAGCCCUCGUGA